CAACAUUCCGUUUCCAUCGCCACGUUUUUUCAUAAAAAUACUAACAAAUCUGAUAUGUUUAAGUAUAAAUAUAAACAUUAUAGUGAUCUCUACUAGGGAUAGAAACUCUGGAACUGAAAUGUCAUUUAAUUACGCAAAAGAAACAUUGGAUGUUCCGCGAUGAGAACGAGUUGACAGCCCUGCGGGAAAAGACUAAUGCAGAAUUUAUCGAAAAACAUGGAACUGGCAUGACGGAGGAACAGCGAAAGGAAUAUUUUCUUUCAGUCUCGGAUGAGCGCAUGCUUCUUCGUCAAUAUGAACUACAGUUACGAGACUUUUGUCGACGUUUUACUCCACCGAUGCCACGUACCACCGUAGCAACUGCUUUGCAUUAUUUCAAGAGAUUUUAUCUUAGAAAUAGCGUCAUGGAUUACCAUCCAAAAGAAAUUCUAGUUACAUGCGUUUAUUUAGCAUGCAAGGUUGAAGAAUUUAAUGUUUCGAUAUCUCAGUUCGUGGCAAAUAUUAAAGGAGAUAGGGAAAAAGCCUCUGACAUUAUUCUCAACAAUGAAUUAUUACUGAUGCAGCAGUUGAACUAUAAUCUAACGGUACAUAAUCCAUUCAGACCUGUUGAAGGUCUCAUGAUCGAUAUGAAGACUCGAUAUACCUUAUUGGAAAACCCAGAAAAACUCAGACCAGACAUAGACGAGUUCUUAGAGAGGAUUUUCUUAACCGACAGCAUUUUACUCUAUGCACCUAGUCAAAUAGCAUUAGCAGCUACUUUACAUGCUGCUUCUAGAGCUGCAGCAAAUUUGGAUAAUUACGUGACGGACACCCUAUUUUCACGAGACAAGUUAGUAGGAAUAAUCGAAGCCGUCAGAAAAAUAAGAUCGAUGGUUAAAUUUCUGGAUCAACCACCAAAGGAAACGGUCAGAGCUCUCGAAAAGAAGCUCGACAAAUGCAGAAACCAGGAAAACAAUCCCGACAGUGAGAUUUACAAGCAACGCAUGCAGGAGAUGCUAGACGAAGAGGACUUGCGGGACAACGAAAAAUAUGCAAAGAUCAUUCAAGACCAAGCAGCUCACGAUGAGAAAAUCCUGGGUGUUAGCAAAGUUCCUGACUCCCUCUCGUUUUUAUAAUAAACACUCAACAUCUCUCCUGCAUCGCACCUUCCAGUGCCUACCGUUUCCUGAUCUCUAAAAUUACCUCCAAAUCAUUUAUUAAACAUAAUCUUACUCUCAUCAGAUAUAGGUACAAAUGAAAUUCACUCCGGAACAACUGCAAUUCAUAAUCCCAAAAAACCAAGCAAGCCGUUCCGUCAAAUCGAUCGUUCUAAUCAUACCUGAAUUAUUGAUUAAUACGCAUACAAUGUAUCCUUAUUAUAAAUGCAUUAACAUUAGUAAGUACCCAUU